UCAUAACCUAGUGUUAGUGCGUGGCUAGCUGUCAAAUGCGUACGUCAGUCGCAAUGCGUGUUUUUAUAAAUUUGUGAUUAUUUUAACCUAAGUUGGGUUCGUCAGUAUUUAUCGUUUUAAAUUUAGUGAUAUACUUAUGAAGGAAGGUUCGGGAAUUGAAAAGCAACCUUUGAAAAAUUCUAAAAGAAAAAUGAGUGUGCAACAAGGAGACGUCCCGAAUAGUACAUCGUCGCAUCAAUUAAUUGACGAUGAUGAUUCGGUUAAUUCAAGACAACCUAUUCAAAAUGAGAUUACUGAAAGAAAUUUGAAAACUGUUACGAGGACAGAAUGGACGACUGUUCUUAUAUUGUGUUUUAUAAAUCUCAUCAACUACAUGGACAGAUAUACCAUGGCUGGUAUACUGGGCGAUAUACAAUCCUACUUUUCAAUAGGAGAUGAUCAAGGAGGAUUAUUACAAACAGUAUUUGUGAUAUCUUAUAUGGUCUUUGCUCCAUUGUUUGGAUACUUGGGAGACCGAUACAAUAGGAAGAUUAUUAUGGCUUCCGGAGUAUUCCUAUGGAGUCUCACGACGCUUUUAGGUUCUUUUAUGAAUAAUUUUGGUUUCUUCAUUACAUUCCGUGCACUAGUAGGAGUCGGAGAGGCUUCAUACAGUACGAUAGCUCCUACAAUAAUCAGUGAUCUUUUUGCCAAAGACAUCAGAUCUAAAAUGUUGGCAUUAUUUUAUUUUGCAAUUCCAGUAGGAAGUGGAUUGGGAUAUAUUGCCGGAUCAGCGAUGGCUCAUAUAGGAGGAUCUUGGCACUGGGCUCUACGAGUAACGCCUGCUUUGGGAUUAGUUGCUGUAAUUUUAAUUAAAUUUAUUCAGGACCCAGUACGAGGACAUAGCGAACAAAGUAUGGAUUUAGAACCAACAUCUUACACAGAUGAUCUGAAGUCAUUACUCAAAAAUCGUUCUUUCAUGCUGAGCACUGCUGGAUUUACUUGUGUGGCCUUUGUUACUGGUGCCCUAGCCUGGUGGGGACCUAAAUUUAUUCAUUCAGGGAUGAUUUUGCAGCCAGGAAAUCGAGAUGUCACUAUCAAUGAGGUCGCUUUUGUAUUUGGUCUUCUAACUAUGAUUUCUGGUCUUGUGGGUGUUCCUCUUGGCUCAUAUCUUAGUCAGAGUUUAAAGAAAACUUAUCCUAGAGCAGACCCUUUGCUGUGUGCUGCUGGUUUAUUAAUUAGCACACCUUUAUUAGCCGCUGGAAUGCUGGUUGUUCAGUUGAAUUCAACAGUUGCCUUUAUUCUAAUGUUUUUUGGUGAACUUGCAUUAAAUUUGAAUUGGGCAAUAGUAGCUGAUAUAUUAUUGUAUGUGGUCAUUCCAACUCGUAGAUCUACAGCGGAAGCAUUCCAAAUUUUAAUAUCGCAUACAUUUGGAGAUGCAGGAAGCCCAUACUUGAUUGGUGUUAUUUCUGAGGCGUUAAAACCUUUGCUUAGUCCAUCGGGUGUAGCUGUUACUGCAUCAGCGUUAUUACUAAAUACACAAAGUGAAUCAAGCAUUGAUAAAAUUUCAUUGGUAGAAAAAUAUAGUAAUUAUAAUUCAUCUGAUUAUAGUUUGGAUGGACCAAAUUUUCGUUCAAUGCAAUACGCUCUCUUCACCACCAGUUUUGUGGAAGUUCUUGGCGGUUUAUUCUUCUUGUUAACUGCUGUUUAUAUAACAAGAGAUCGCUCAAAAGCGGAAAUGGCUGUAGAAGAUGGCCGAAUGGAACUUAGUGAAAGUUCAACUAGUGGCGAUUCAAAUGCAUAUUCACCUUCAUAACAUCAUGAGAUAGAUAUAACAUUCAUCGGGGUCACGUAGAAACUCAUUGUGCUGAUGAAUAUCAAGAUAUUUAAAUUUAAUAUAUAUAAAAAAAUAUUUUAAUUUAGAGGCUUUGUUUUAAAAGUUUUAUUAUAUACGAAUAAUUAUUAUCAUAUCAAGAA